GGGUCCUAAUUCUUGUAAUGAAUAGUUUAUCAGUCUUGGACGAGGAUGAACCAUCCUUGUUGAAAUCGCAGAUACCCUUUUGCGGCCAUUUAUUGGGCAUGUUGAAGUGGCAGGUUGGAUACAUGCAGAUGUUGAGCGCGAGAGUUCCUUCGUACCCAGCCUUCACCUUGCGGAUAUUCUCAUCACGGAUCUACGUCAUCUGCGACCCAUCUCUUAUCCAAGCUGCGUAUCGGAAUACGAAAACCUUCGACUUUGGAUCCUUUGUUGUUGAAUCGUCACAGCGUGCUUUCAAUAUUGGGGAACGAGGAAUGAAAAUUAUACGUGGGGAAACAUCCCCAGAUUACGAUCCCAAUGGGCCCUUUUUAAAUGGAAACAAUGGAAAUUCGUUUUUGGACGAGAAUCACAAGAUAAUGGUGGAAUCACUUUCUCCUGGCGCUGGCUUGUCGGAAUUAUAUCAGGGCGUGCUCGAGAAAGUAGCGGCGUCUCUUAAUGUAAUCAACGAAGAUGGAGCGACAUUCGGUCUUUACAGAUGGGUUCGAAAUGUCCUGACCCUCGCAACUGCGGAUGCACUUUACGGGCCAAAGAGUCCCCUAAAUACUGACCACAGUCUAAUUGACUGCCUUUGGUAUGUUAAUGUGCUACUCCUAUCAAAAAUCCAAGAAAAAUUUCCACUAUACGUCAGAUAUCAAAUCUGGCUAAUCUGCUAACAAGUAGCAUAGGGACUUCGAGGAAAAGAUGACUCUUCUAAUGCUCAACUUCCUCCCCACCGUCAUCGCUCCUAAAGCAUAUCUGGGGCGAAGUCGCAUCAAAACCGCGUUUACGUCCUUUUACGCCAACAAUCACGAGCUUACAGCGUCGAAACUCAUACAGGCCCGCCUUGCCUGCUCCCAAAAAUGGGGUUUCACUCCUGACGAUAUUGCCAAUUUUGAGAUUUCCACUCUCUUCUUGGCAACUACAAAUUCAGUACCAACGUCAUUCUGGCAACUGAGCUACAUUCUCUCUUCACCAACACUCCUAGAACAAAUCAGGACCGAGGUAGAGUCCAUUGUGAAUCGUCAACCAGCCACAACGGAUGGCAAAGAGGAAGCUGUAAUGGACAUUACCCGUUUCCAAACUAAGUGUCCGCUUCUGCUCUCUACCUUUCACGAAACGCUCCGCUUAGUAGAUGCUGCGACAUCUGUCCGUGCCGUCACACAACCUACAACGCUGUCCUCUGGAUCAUCCUUAUCGUACACACUUAAGUCUCCUUCGGUAAUACAGCUUCCAUCUGGGAUAACCCAUACGUCUCCUGCUAUUUGGGGUUCAGACGCCUCACAGUUCAAUCCUCGACGCUUCCUCUCCAGUACCAAAGCGACUCUUGACAAGCCCACACGCCAAGCACAGAAGCAGGGCUACUUUCCAUUCGGAGGGGGCAAGCAUUUAUGUCCGGGUCGACAUUUCGCCAUGAUGGAAAUUCUAGCAUUUGUGGCUGGUAUUGUGGUUGGGUUUUCAGUCGACAGCCAGACCAACGACACUUUCCAGGUCCCUGAUAUGGCUUUCCAAAAACUCGGCACCGCAGUCCGGAAACCGGUCAAAGAUGUCGACAUCAGACUGCGGAGGAGAAAGGGGUGGGAACAUGUCAGGUGGAGAUUUGAUUUCGUGGGUGAAAGCAGUGUUGAUUUCAAAGCGUUGAUUGGGGAAGAUGAGGAAUAAAAUAAUCAGCAUCGCAGAGAUACCUACCUAUCCAGUAGUGGGGGGUCUCUUUCAAGAGUCUGUAUAGAUCUCAAUUGUAAAUAAAAGAGAGGCAACUCAGAAAAGCUGGCUCGACGGUUUAGAUUUCAGAAAGAUACUUAUCUUAAAUUGGGCAGCUCGUAUCAUUGGUUUGUAGAAACUACGAGCGAUGUUUUAUACCUAGGUAAGGCUGCGACUAGCUAUCUGCCGCAUCUCUUGGAUCCACAGCAGAACGUUGAGUAAUUGUACGGCUGACAGCAGGGCGACAAAGCAACGUCAAUCGGCUGGGUCCGGGCUUGAUAGACUCCUAUCAUUGCUGUGGCGAACUAGAGAGCCAAAGAGUCGGCCUUGUAAAACCUACCAUCCUCCUCAAAAGAUAAUUGAUAUCCAACAACCAGAAUGCAAAAGGGAUGAUUCCGGAACGGGGAAUUGAACCCCGGUCUCCUGCGAACAAAUUUACUGUCUAUUAAACAGAUCAUGAGAGGCAGAAAUGCUAGCCACUACACCAUUCCGGACAUCUUACACCAUUGCUGGUAUUUCAUUGUGG